AUGGGCUGGAAUGCCGUUUGGCGAGAGGGCUGGAAAGAUGCCUGCCUAGACAGAGUCCCAGAGGUGUUUGAGCUAGAAGCUGACGAAUGGAUACGAAAUUCAUCUGGCUCUUUGGUGACGGAGUUGGCUCUGUUUGUUUCGCUUGCAGCGACCCAUCCUGUUUCAGUUUUCAAUGACACACAACGAGACGACUGCGAUCUUCGACCGUUUAGUUCCGGCCUAGGCGAGGCAAUGGGAAUGGAAGUGCCUGUCCACGGACUUUGCCAGGUAGCAGCUGUAGGUGUAGUAGAUAUAGGUGAUAUGGGAGAGCUGGGAUUAGGUGUGUGGAGGGAUGAAUUGACUGACACCGGAGUAGAUAUAUUUGAGGGCGGCUUUGAUAGCCGGUUUGAGCGGCGGCGCUUGCUUCUACUUUGA